AUUGAGAAGGAAUUGCUCUGGCCUUGAUUGGCUGUCUGUGUAGCGUCUACACAGUCUGUUCUGAAUGUUGGCCUAACUCUCUCUGUUAUGGUUGGAUGAUGAAGAAACAUGAUUACUGGGGCAAUAUGAUGAUGAUGAUGAUGAUGAUUCUAAAUAUUGGACUGUAACAGUGAAAAUAAACAUAGUACUCAAUGAAUACUUCCUCCUUCUGUACACUUGACUUAAUUCCUCACUUUCCCAUCCUCUCUUCCCUCCUCUCUAUCCCCACUCUCUCUCUCUCUCUCUCUCCUCAGCACCUCCAGAUGACGGUGCAGGCCCUGCAGGAUGAGUUGAGGAUCCAGAGAGAUCUGAACCAGUUGUUCCAGCAGGACUGUAGUGGAGGGAGACCUGGAGAACCUCUGUCAUAUGAACCCACUGAGGAGAACUUCCACAUGCUCCACGCUGAACACCAACGACAGGCCAAAGAGUUGUUCCUCCUGAGGAAGACCCUGGAGGAGAUGGAGUUGAGGAUAGACAGUCAGAAACAGACCCUGGGGGCCAGAGACCAGUCUAUCAAGAAACUACUGGAGAUGCUGCAGAGCAAAGGUCUGUCAGCCAAGGCCUCAGAGGAGGACCAUGAGAGGACCAGGAGACUGGCUGAGGCUGAGAUGCACAUCCACCACCUAGACAGUCUACUGGAACAGAAAGACAAGGAGACCAACGCCCUACGAGAGGAGCUGCACCGACGGAGCUAUGAAGGAGCCCCUGAAUCAGCCAAGACCAAGGCCCUGCAGACCGUCAUCGAGAUGAAGGACUCUAAGGUCCAGUCUCUGGAGCGUGGUCUGAGGGACCUGGAGGAGGAGAUUCAGAUGUUGAAGUCUAACGGGGCUCUGAGUACUGAGGAGAGAGAGGAGGAGGUGAAACAGAUGGAGGUCUACAGAUCACACACCAAGUUCAUGAAGAACAAGGUAGAGCAGCUGAAGGAGGAGCUAUCUCAGAGAGAGGUCCAGGGGGAGGAGCUUAAGCAGAAGGCUGCCGACCUGCAGCAGGAGGUGUCUGCAAUUGACCAGGUAAAGCAGGACCUCAGCAGGAAGGAGACAGAGCUGAUGGGGUUAAGGACCAAGCUGGAGACUCUAACCAACCAGUUCUCAGACAGCAAACAGCACAUCGAGGUCCUCAAGGAGUCACUGACCGCCAAGGAACAGCGCUCUGCUAUUCUACAGACAGAGGUGGAUGCUCUGCGUCUGCGUCUGGAAGAGAAAGAUUCCCAGCUGAAUAAGAAGUCUAACCAGAUCCAGGAGACGUCUGAGGAGAAGGGGACGCUCAGCAGAGAGGUACACGACCUCAAGGACAUGCUGGAGGUCAAGGAGCGCAAGGUCAACGUCCUGCAGAAGAAGAUUGAGAACCUGCAGGAGCAGCUGAGAGACAAGGAGAAACAGAUGACUAGUUUGAAGGACAGAGUCAAGUCUCUCCAGACAGACACCUCCAACACGGACACAGCUCUCACCACCCUGGAGGAAGCACUGGCUGAGAAGGAGCAUAUCAUUGAGCGUCUGAAGGAGCAGAGAGACAGAGACGACAGAGAGAAGACAGAAGAGAUCGAGUCCAACAAGAAAGAACUGAAGGAGCUCAGAGAGAAACUCAGUCUAUUGCAGGGAGACCUGUCUGACCGAGAGACCAACCUGCUAGACCUAAAGGAGCAUGCGUCGUCCCUGGCCUCCUCUGGUCUGAAGAAGGAUUCUAAACUGAAGAGUCUGGAGAUCUCUCUGGAGCAGAGGAAAGAGGAGUGCAUCAAGAUGGAGAACCAGCUCAAGAAGGCCCAGAAUGCCAUGCUGGAGGCCCAGGCCAACACGGAGCUGUCAGAACGCAUCAUCACUCUGGAACAGGAAGUGACUCGGCACAGAGAGGAUUCUGGAAAGGCCCAGGUGGAGGUGGACCGGCUGCUGGAGAUCCUCCGAGAGAUGGAGAACGAGAAGAAUGACAAGGACAAGAAGAUCAAUGAACUGGAGAAUUUCGCCUCAAGGCAGAUGAAGGACCAGACUAAGAAGGUGGCCAACCUGAAACAUAAGGAGCAGGUGGAGAAGAGUAAGAAUGUCCAGCUGAUGGAGGAGGUUAGGAAGAGAGAGGACAACCUCAAUGAGAGCUCUCAGCAGGUCAAGGUGAGAGAGGACUCCCUUCGCCAGAAGGAGGACCGCAUAGAGGAGCUGGAGGAGGCUCUGAGAGAGAGUGUCCAGAUCACAGCAGAGAGAGAGAUGGUGCUGGCUCAGGAGGAAGCUGCCCGCACACACACUGAGAAACAGAUGGAGGAGCUGCUUGCGGCCAUGGAGAAGGUCAAACUGGAGCUGGAGUCCAUGCAGGCCAAGCUGUCCUCUACCCAGCAGUCAUUGGCUGAGAAGGAGGCCCACCUGACCACACUGAGGGCAGAACGUAGGAAACACCUGGAGGAGGUGCUGGAGAUGAAACAGGAGGCGCUGUUAGCAGCCAUCAGUGAGAAGGAUGCCAACAUCGCCCUGCUGGAGCUGUCCUCGUCCAAGAAGAAGAAAACACAGGACGAGGUGGCCAUGCUGAAGAGAGAGAAGGACAGCCUGGUACAGCAGCUCAAACAACAGACCCAGAACCGUAUGAAGCUGAUGGCUGACAACUACGAGGAUGAACGUCUGAAGGCCUCCUCACAUUCUGACCCGACCAACCACAAACCCUCCCCAGACCAGAUCAUUCCCCCUCUCCUGGACCUGAACCAGAACCGCAGUAAGCUGAAGAUGUAUAUCGGCCACCUGAGAGACCUGUGUCAGGAGAGAGACCCCCAGAUCCUGCAGGCCCUGACCCCUCCCUCCUCCUACCACCGCUCUCAACACACCGCCUGGGAGACAGAGCUACACAAUAUGACCCCAGAGCAGUUGGAGUCGGAGCUGGAGGUCUGUGAGAGGGAGAGUGCAGAGCUCCAGGAGUAUGCUAACUGUGUCCUGCAGCAGAUCGCUGACCACUGCCCUGACAUCCUGGAACAGGUGGUCAAUACCCUGGAAGAGUCCUGCUGACCUCACACCCCCUGCCAGCCACACAAUCAACACCACACCUUUCAAUACCCCCUGCCAGCCACA